AGGGUUGACUGAGGCUGCACGAAAGAAGGAGUCACUUUUCGUCUUUCUCUCAUAGCUGUCGACUUCAUCCGUAAGCCCCACCCAAUCCACCGUUUGGCUGAAAAGCCGAAAACAACAGCCCUGCUUUCGCCGGCUUCACCACGUCCCUCUCCGCUUCGUGUAGCGCUCCAUCUGCUGCUCAUCUAUUUGUGUAUUGUAUAUUAUGUUCCCCCGUUAGAUUUGAUUAGAGCUAGUAGAUGACCUUCUUAUAAACGCAUACUUCCUAUUUCUUUUUUCUACAAAAUCCUUUCCGAUCUCCGCUAAAAAAAGAGAAAUAGAUUCCCAUAAAAAGGGCAGCGGGCGGCCCAGAUACAAAUGUCGGCGUUUGCGGGCUCGCAGCUUUCCGCCGACGAUGCCGUUGCCUUCCACUCACAGUACCACGACACCAUGCACGGUACCUUCGCGGUUGACAAGCACCACAACCUCCCCCGCCCGCUGCGCAGCUACCUCCCCCACAGAAACCGAGACAUCUCCGUCCUCUCCUCCACACCCACCCCACCACCACCGGCAACGUCGUCGUCGUCUUCUGUCUUUUGCACGCCUCAAUGGAAUGAGUUUAGCGAUUGCGUCCGGGAAGUGUCACCGUUGGACGGGGAAGAGGAUAGAACUGACAAGGAAGGAGAGAGGAGUGAAGGUUCAAGCGCGACUGAUGCAAGGGAACGGAAAGGCACAAGAGGAGAACGAGCUCCUUUCACUUCGUCGACCGACCGCAGCGUGGUCGACCGGCUUGCCGAGCUGUCGCAAAACCCCGACGUGGAUCCCGUCGCCGUUGCUGCGGUGCUGCGGGAGGCAGAAAACAUGUUGACGCACCCGACGAACAACGCAGCUGGCUCGACGCCUGCGCAGCGGAGGCACGCGCAAGCCAACCAACACCGCACUCACCUUCGCUCGCACGGUAACGGUGACCCAUUGGAUAGAGAUGGGCAGCGACCCAGCCAGCAAACUGGCCGACGUGCGCACGAUGACGAAAGCGAUGAAGCGGCUCGUCACGAGCGCCGUCAUCACCAUCAUCGCCGUCGCGACACGCAAAGAGAUCGACAAGCGUUUAUGUACCCUGCUGGUGCUGCACACCAGCCGUGGCCGUGGCCGUCUAACAUGCCCGUUUCGGAAGAAACUGCUGUGCGUGAUCCUCCUUCUCCCGCAUGGCAUCAAAUGCCACCGACACCCUUCGUGUGCAACCCUUUCCCGAGUGCUGUUCCGCCUGCGGUGGAUAAGGAGAGCACCAGAAGCACGCCGGUGCCGUGGUACGAGGUCUACUACGCCUGGAUGCUCUACUACCAGCAGCUCUACGCAACACAGAUUUUGCAGUACGAGCGUCAGCAACGGCGCAUGCAGCGGCGCGAGGCGCAGAGGGGAAGAAGUGAACGACGUCCUCAUCGGACGGCGCCGGAGCCGAACCUCUGGGCCGAGCAGGACGACGCACCUGACGCUGGCCAGGAACGCCAGCAAGAGAGAGCGCUACCGGGACGUGCGGUCGAGGGUGAUCGAGCACUCCCAGCCACCAUUGAUGAUGCCGGUCCUCCUAAUUCACACCAUCACCACCCAGCCAACGUCACACCACGGCAAAGGCAGCAAACAAGUCGCCCGCCGAAAAGGCUCUCUGAAAGCGUCACCGCGGCAAACCGAAAGUACGGGGAAGCGCACGACGCGCAGGGCCGAGAGGCGCCGCUCAACGGUACCGAAGCACAACUGCUUCGUGCACAGGUGCAACACUUGGAGGAGCAACUCGCCGCCCUUUCCGCCCUCGUGACCGUCGACGACCCGCAGCGUCGUGGGCCCGGCAAGACCUUCUCCAAGGAAGCACCGAACUCAGCGAAAACAGACAAUGAAGGGAACGGUGCGCGUCUCCGCUCGAGCGGAACGCGUCGCAGCCCAGAGCGCAUCCAACCUCACUCUGCGGCGGCGCAGCUCGCAGAAACACAACCGGCGACUGCAACUGCGGCGACGUGGCGGGAACUGGCAGAGCGACAGCGCAGCAGGUCCGGCGACAACCGCGAUCGUAGCCGUCUUGCGUCUCCCCAACGGCCUCAAUGGAGGUGA